UCUUCUCUGGACGUCUCAUGGUGCAGUCAACGUUUGCCUUUUCCACACUCUGCGCUAACGAUCGGCCUCAGGUGAUCGGGGCGUCUCAGCCAAUCGUGGCCCCUCUGGGUGGUGAUGUCAUCCUGCCGUGUCACGUGGAGCCUCAGCUGAACGUGGAGGAGCUGACGGUGGAGUGGUGGAGGCCGGACGUCCCACCGGACCCUAGAGAUCCACAGAGCAACUACCGGUAUGUCCACCGUUACCAUGACAAACAGCACGAGGAGGACAUGAAGAAGCCGUCGUACGCCGGGAGGACGGAGAUGUUCACAGACGGCCUGAAACACGGAAACAUCUCGCUAAAGAUCAGCAACGUGAAGCUCUCUGACCAAGGGAGAUACAGAUGUCAAAUCCCCCAGUUGGGGAGGGCUUCACUUAUUAUGCUUAAUGUUGAGCCACGCUCUGUUGAAACCUGGACGACAAAGACACCGCUGCAUCCCCAUAAUCUCCAAAGUCCAGGUCCAAACCAUGAGACUGAUGUUAAAGGUGAUCGACUCUAUCUGAGCGCCGAUCCUGGGUCUGGCUGUCUUACUGAUCCUGGCUACGGCUCUAAAGGAUCCAGACAAAGGGUGUGCAGGUGCAGCAGUGUGUAUCCCGGUGAGUGA